AUGGAUACCGUCGGGGCCGACACGUCGCGUUCAAAGCCUGACGCUACUCCGGCGCCACUACCAACAGCGACGACUUCCGACCCCCACCCGCCCGACCAUAUGGACGCCCCUUCAUUUGACGUUCCCGCGACGACCUUCCUCUCAGAGCGACGUGACUCCCUUACGUCUUCCGACACGGAGGGACGAACCCGCAAACAACGUUCGCCUAAGAGGCGCAGGAGGAGGCGCCAUACGGUCUCGGAACGAGACGGAUCAUCUCCCCCUGAUGCUCCAGAGACCGUCCGACCCGACGAGGCCUCGGAGAACCUACACGACGAUACGAAUGAGGACAACAUGGCGCCGACUGUGGCUGUGUCGAUGCCUACUCUACUCGCUCGCCCAGGUGCUCCUGAACCAAUGGACUCCACAGUUGCGACUGCCGCCGAGACGUCCUCCACCCCUACGACCGAAGUGGACCGUGCGACCAUCACAACGACAGCGCCUUCAAUGGUGUGGAGUGAGGACGUCGAUGAGGACCCGGACCACACGCUGGGGACAGAGUUACCCCAGACGGAAGCAUCGUUACGUCGCUGA